CCGGCAGGCCAACCACCGCUACUGUGCGGCGGCCGUUAGAGUCCAACCGCUCUUUAGGCGCGUGCCGCCGCCGCUUCCGCGCACGCCGUGUGCAGCUGCAGGAGGGAGCAGGGAGGGCUCCGUCCCGUUCUCCCCCUCCCCCUCCGGGGUCCUGCCAGCCGCCGCCGUUGCAGCCGGUGGGCGCGGGGAGGCGACAGCGAGUCCCCACUGCCGAGCCGCCUCGCGCAGAGACUUUUUUUACCUUCUCUCGCUUUCCCCUUCGUUACCCACCAUGCUCCGGACUCCGCCGCUCGGUCGGGGAGAGGAGCCCGCGGCUGACCCGAGAGCCUGUCCCCGGCGGAGAUGAGGGAGGCAGCGCCGGGCAGGAGGAGACGGAGCUGACUAGACCCACGCGCUCCCCACACCACCAUGAGGGAAGAGAGAGAAGCCGCCGCCGCCGCCGCCUCCCAGCAUGGACCUAGCAAACUCCCCCAGCCGCCGCCGCAGGACGGCGGCGGGGUGGCUGCCCCCCUGGCCCGCCCCGGGAGCGGCCCGGAGAGCCUGCGGAACGGCUAUGUGAAGAGCUGCGUGACCCCCCUGAGGCAGGACCCCCCCAGGGGUUUCCUCUCCCUGCUGCUGCUCCCCGCCGCCUCCCCCCGGGCUCUGCUCAGCCUGGGCGCCCUGGCCGCCUUUGUCCUCUCGCUCCUGCUCUCCUACGGCCGGAGCAGCCCCUGGGGCCAGCAGGGCGAGAGCGGCUGGCGGGGCCCUUCGGCGCUGCGCAUCCUGCUGGGACUGUCCCACUGUCUCAGCCCCCUCUUCAGCAUCGCCUGUGCCUUCUUCUUCCUCACCUGCUACCUGGCCCGGGGCAAGCGCGAGGAGCCCGGCGGCGGCGGCGGCACCAGCCUCUGGUGGCUGCUGGCUCUGCCCCUCUGCUGUUACUCGGGGGACUUCGUGGCGCUGCAGUGGUUGUUACCCGCCGAUGGGCACCGAGACUCGCCGCAGGGCCCCGCCGAGCUGCAGAUGGUGGCAGGCCGGCUGCUGACCGUGCUGGGCUCGGUGGCGGUGCUGACCCUGCUGCAGAGCACCCUGAAGCUCCGCCGAAGCCUCCUGGUCUUGGUCUUCUCCAGCCUGGUCUGGCUGGUCUCGCUCACCAGCCUCAGCUCGCUGCCCCCAAGCCUCAGACCGCUGCUGGCCGGCUCAGUCGGCAUGGCCGGCUGCCUCCUGGCAUUGCUGGGUUGGCAGCGCCGCAUCUUCUCCGCUCAGAGCCAGGGAGCGCAGCACCAGCAUCACCACCCGCGGCUUCCCAGCGUGGAGGAGAAAGUGCCUGUGAUCAGACCCAGGAGGAGGUCUAGCUGUGUGUCCUUAGGGGAAACGCCAACCAGCUACUACGGCAGCUGCAAAAUGUCCAGGAGACCCUCGUUGCCUUGUAUUUCCAGAGAACAGAUGAUUCUUUGGGACUGGGAUUUGAAACAGUGGUAUAAACCCCAUUAUCAGAAUGCUGGCAGUGGAAGUGGAGUUGAUCUUUCAGUACUAAAUGAGGCUCGCAACAUGUUAUCAGACCUCUUGAUCGAUCCAGCCCUUCCCCCACAUGUGAUUUCUUCCCUUCGAAGCAUUAAUAGUUUGAUGGGUGCUUUCUCUGGCUCAUGCAGGCCAAAGGCUAACCCGUUCACACCAUUUCCUGGCUUUUACCCAUGCCCUGAAAUGGAGGACACAGCUGAAAAAGGAGAUCGAAAGCUGCACAAGGGAUUAAAUAGCAGGAAUAGUUUACCAACACCACAGUUGAGACGAAGUUCAGGAGCUUCUGGCCUGCCACCUAUUGAACAGUCAUCUUCUAGGUGGGAACGCAAUAAUGGCAAGAGACCUCAUCAAGAAUACAAUACUUCAAGCCAAGGAUCCCAUCCAAAUGGGCCUUUCAGUACAAACCUACUGACAAUACCAAAACAAAGAUCAUCUUCGGUGACAUUGACUCAUCAUAUAGGUCCCAGACGAGCUGGUACUUCCCCUAGCCUGAGUCCUGUUGGUUCAUCUAGUCAUGGGUCUAUCUCCAGUGGAUCCCUUGUCAGUCGGUCACCUGUAGAAUUUCCUGAUACUGCUGAUUUUCUUACUAAGCCAAGUGUUAAUUUACAUAAACCUCUGGGAUAUACAUUUAAUUCUCCAGAUUUUCAGCAACAAGUUAAAGCUUCUACAAGCUAUAUUUGUAACAGCUGUGGACAUCAACUUCUCAAGCGUAUUUCAACAUCACAGUCAGAAUCUGGUGCAGAAUAUCAAGGCAGAAAAUCAGGUGAAGAUGGAACCACUGGUAUUUCAAAAGAGUCAGUCCACCAUACAGAAGGACGGAAAGAUGAAAGAAAAGAAAGCAGAGACUGCAGAAAAAAGUUGAUAGAAAGUGACAAUCAGCAAAUGGCUCAAACACAGAAUAACCAGCAAUCUGAUAUGGAACAGGAUUCUUCAUUAGAACUGAUGAUAAUAGAAGAUCAUGUAUCAUUAAUGGAGAAGAUGAACAAUUGGAAUUUCCAAAUUUUUGAUCUAGUGCAAAAAAUGGGAGACAAAUCUGGAAGGAUCCUUAGCCAGGUGACAUACACCUUGUUCCAAGACACUGGCUUGUUUGAAAUUUUCAAAAUUCCAACACAAGAAUUCUUGAAUUACUUUCGUGCACUAGAAAAUGGCUACCGAGAUAUUCCCUAUCACAAUCGUGUACAUGCCACAGAUGUUCUUCAUGCAGUAUGGUAUCUCACAACACGGCCCAUUCCUGGGUUUCAGCAAAUUCACAGUGAUCAUAUAAUGGAAAGUGACAUGGAUGCAGAGAGUGAUAUUGCCCCUGGUCGAGUCAGUUAUAUUUCUUCAAAGAGCUGCUCUAUUGUUGAUGACAACUAUGGAUGCAUGGCAUCAAACAUUCCUGCCCUGGAGUUGAUGGCUCUGUAUGUAGCAGCUGCCAUGCAUGAUUAUGAUCAUCCAGGUCGUACAAAUGCUUUUCUAGUUGCUACAAAUGCACCUCAGGCUGUGCUCUACAAUGACAGAUCAGUCCUAGAAAACCAUCAUGCUGCUUCUGCAUGGAAUCUCUUUUUAUCUCAACCAGAAUACAACUUUCUACCUAAUCUUGAUCAUGUGGAAUUCAAACGGUUUCGUUUCUUAGUGAUCGAAGCAAUCCUCGCAACAGAUCUCAAGAAACAUUUUGAUUUCCUUGCUGAAUUUAAUGCCAAGGCCAAUGAUAUAAACAGUCACGGUAUAGAAUGGAACAAUGAGAAUGACCGCCUGCUAGUUUGUCAAAUAUGCAUCAAAUUGGCAGAUAUUAACGGGCCAGCAAAAGUUAGAGAUCUGCACCUGAAAUGGACAGAAGGCAUUGUUAAUGAAUUUUAUGAGCAGGGUGAUGAAGAAGCAAGCCUUGGAUUACCUAUUAGCCCCUUCAUGGACCGUUCUUCUCCUCAACUUGCAAAAUUACAAGAAUCUUUUAUUACUCACAUAGUUGGCCCCCUUUGUAAUUCCUGUGAUGCAGCUGGCUUGCUUCCAGGCCAAUGGCUUGAUUCAGAGGAGGAUGAUAUAGAAAGUGCUGAAGAUGAAAAUGGAGAAGAAAUGGAGAGUGAAGAUGAAGAAAUGGAAGAUGAUUUUGGUCAAAAACUACAAAGAAAAAAAGGCAGAAGGCGAAUAUUUUGCCAGCUAAUGCACCAUCUGAGUGAAAAUCACAAAAUAUGGAAGAAUGUGAUUGAAGAAGAAGAAAAAAAUAAAGCUGAAGGGAGUAAACUGCAGCCAGAUAACUCAUCCUUACCUCAAACAGAUGAAAUUCAGGUUAUUGAGGAAGCAGAUGAAGAAGAGGAACGACAGCUAGGAGAGGAGAAAUCAUGUUGAGAAGAUUUCAGACUGAUGUACAAUACAAUAGCAGAAAGCAUAUAUUCAGUUUUCACUGUGCUGACUAUGGACUAACACAGUUAACAUGCAGUUGAAAGGCCUUUAUACUGUGAGAGGAUUCUUGCUGCUCUAGCAGAAUCCCACUCCUAUGCACUUUCACCACAUGGAAUAUAAAACUUUAUUCAAAGAUUGAAUAUCGUAUACCAUGAUGCAAAGUUCUCCCUGCCCUUCUUGGUGUACAAAUACCUUGAUAUAAUGCUGCCUUGCUGAAUUCAGAGCUCUUAUUUUCCAUGAGGUACCUCCAGUUCUAAAAAAAUUCAGUGACUUCAUUUACCAAAGUGGCCAGAACUUUUUGCGUAUGUGGAAAUGUUGGGUAGAUCCUAAUAAUAUUUUGAGAUUUGUACUUCAUGUUAUUUUUUAACAUGAAUAUAAAAAGGAAGUCUGUGCCUGUAUGAAAACCAAUAUUAAUGUUGCAGUACAAACCUGAUUGGGGGCCUUUACUCAGUGCAAUGGUUUACCUAAUACAGUUAUCUCAGAUUGGUUUAACCAUUUGAUGACUGUGAAACAAAAGCUAAAUUCUAAUUUUUGUGGUUUAAAAAAAUCCCAGGUGCAUCUGUUUCUGAUGCUUUUUACUGUUGUGCAUAAUAUGCCGUUUUUAUUUUUGCUGAAAAUAUUCAGGUUUGCAAUGGGUAUUCAUGACAGCUGUUGAAUACAAGGCUCUCAUUAUAUAUUGCCUUGCUGUUCUGUGGUAGAACAUUUUAAAAACUGUUCAAUUAUUUUAAUUAUGAAGGGAUUUUAUUUUUAGUCAGUAAUGCUAUAUGUUCCACUCUUACUCAGGAUUCAUGUUAAAAAAACAUGUUAAUUUACCACACAGCAGAUUUUAUAUAAUUUAAAAUCCUGCACCAAUGUUAGAUGUUAAUUUUUUGAGGAAAAUAAGAUCAUAAUUCAUUUAUUCUUUGUAUGUAAAACUUCAGGAGAAUUAAAGUUUCGGUUUGUUUUUUUUUUAAAAAAAGCUAUUGUUUCAAAAUGGCAAGUGUUCCCUGCCCCUAUAAAUCAUGCAUAGAUACAUACCACAAAACAUAGUGUAAACCACUCAUGCUAGAGAUAAACAACUUAAAAACUUUUUACUACUGUUUUGAAAGAACAUGCAUACAUUGAAUAAAGAAUGUAUUACAGUGUUGUCAUUGGAAUGUCACCAUCUCUAUAUGUCCCAUAUUUUAGUGCACUUUAAUCUUUCAUUUUCCAUAAUACACACAUCAUAUAUUUCCUUUAAUCAGAUGUACAUCCUGGCCAGUACAUAUAGAAUGCAGAACAUGACUACUAUGUAUUUGUAAUACCCCACAGCAGUGUAAAUACAGUUACUGUAUUACAGAAUACAUAGGGGUUUAGGUUUUUAAGUGAGAAGUCUAAACAUUUCACAGAAGUUAUCAGGACAAGUAUAAUUGUGAGGAUAAUUGCAAAGAAACUGCAUAAACUAGUUAGGCUGCAAAUAUGUAAUUUUCUUAUGCAAACAGUAAACUACACUAAUUUUAAAUGAGUACCUUUUAAUACCAAACAAGUCUUUACAUUCUGCACAGUGAAUAAAUCCAGACUUUUGUUUUUGUUAAUCUUGCAGACUGUAUCUAAAUUUAUCUGUGUUUAUACCUUAAUCUCAAUUGGGUAAAAAAAUGUAAUCUUCUUAAGAUAAACUUAGUGUAAACCAUUAUGUUAUACAUUACAUUGUUAUGAUUUUUAAUCUAAUUUUGUACAAUUGGCCAUCUAAAUUACUAGAAAUGGGAGCUCUGAGUUGUUUUUGUCUCAGACACUUGUGUUAUUUAUUAUAGAAAGCCAGUGCCAAAUUCCCCUGUGACUGCCAUCAUUGCUACCACCACAUCUUUUGUAACACCUAAGCAGUGUUCCCACCAAAUAUUUCUACCGGUAAUAAAAUUUAGAAAAUGUAAGUUGACUGUGCAUUUACAUUGUACAUUCUGUUCAUAGAUUUCCCCCCAUAAAAUUUGAUUACUGUAGCAAUUAUGCUUCACUUGCAUUAUGCUUUAUUAAUUACUCAGUAUCUGGUGUAUUCAGCAUAUACAUGUGCAUUUAAGAAUGAACACUGUCUGCCUCACAUAAUAUUUAAUUUCAGUUUUGUUUUACCUGAUAAAGUGGUGAGAAAUGCUUUAGCAUGGAUGUAAUAUUUUAAUUUGCAACUUUUCUUUUAACUUCUCUAAAUUAAGACCUUUAUUAACAGAAUACUAGAAAGAUAUUAUAAUAGGGUAAGAAAAAGUUAUGUUUACCUGAUACUAAGUAUUGGCAACAAUUUUCACUGGCAGAUUUCUAUAUAGUUAGAAAUGUAGAAGCAGCCUUUAGAGUUAAACAUGGAGAGACUUCAGUGCUUGGUAAAUUGCACCCCUUUGGUACAUGCUCAGAUUAAGUCUUUCCAAGCUAUACAGACAAAAUUAAUCAUAAAACAAAAUAAAACCAACUUGGAAUGUGCAUGUGUAUAAUAUGUGACUAAUCCCAGUCUGAGAUCAGGAAACAAAUGGAGGUAAUAACAUCAUUACUAAAGGCCAGAUCAAACAUUUGCAAACAUGGCUAUAAUAAAAAGUGAAGGACGUGGUUUUACUGACCCAACAAAAGGAGGAGUCGGAAUACUGGCUAUGCUGCCAUCAGCAAUAAUAAAUGAUCAGGUAAGGCAGGCCAGGCUAGUAUGAGUAUAGCAUUCUCACAGUUCAUUCCAUCCCUCAGCUCCCAGUCCACUUCUGGUGUCAGUUCAAGGCCAUCAGUUAAUUAAAACCCAGUUACAUUUUUAUUCAUGACCACCAAGAAAGCUGUGCUGCUCUGAUACAGUGCAGCUCACAAAACCCAGUACAAAGCACAUAAUAGCUAGAUUCUCAUUUGAGGGAAUCCUAAUUAUGAAGUCAGUCCCCACGGGAACUUGGACCAAGGUGGAAGUUAACCACCUUUAGGGAACUAUUCAGAUUCUUUUUAUUUGAGAAAGCAUAGAUGUAAAACAAACAAACCUUUAAAAAUACCAAAAAGACAUCAAAAUAACUCUCCCCAAAUAUUUAUUUAAUCAAACCAGAGUCUCCUCCAACCAGGGAAGAGGAAAGUGCAGAUAUUUCCAUGAAGCGCACUAGGAUCCUCACUAUGUAAAUCUUAUUUACCUGAAAAUCACUUAGCCACCAUAGUGCUGGAUGUUAUACAAAACAUUAGAUAACACUAUAAAAUGCUCUUCCUGUUUAGCAAAGCCUUCAUUCUGGACAAAUGGGUUAUCUCUCGGUUUGAAAACAGGUAUUCUAACCAAACAAAUUAACAAGACUCUUUCCUGCCAAGUGGUUUCCCAUAGUCGUUCUCUUCACUGGGUUCUCUCUUUUCCUCAUUGCCUGCCUUGCAUUAUGGAUGGAACCAGUCUGUAAAUUCUGCUCCCUCUGUGUAGCCGUUUCUUCCUUUGACAUCAGGGUAUUAUGUUGGGGCAUCUGACCUAGUCAAAAACAACUAGUGGCAUCCUCCUUCAAGCUCCCUUUCCACAGCAAAGCUAGACAGAUGAGUCCAGGACUUACGAUGGCAAGAGCAAUGCCGCACUCCUUGAGGUAAGUGCCCAUUCAACAAAGCUGCUCCCAGAAAUAAUUGUUUGCCUGGGUAAAACCCUAUCUGAGAAGUUUUAUUUAUGUUCCUUGCAUUCAACCUUCCUUCUUUAAGAAAAUGGAUAUAAAGGAGAUCUUACUCUGUCACUUCAUCUGAGAAAUUGGCAGCCAGGUCCACCAAAAGCAAAUAAAAAAUUGAGGAAAAAUCUUCUCCAAAGAAGGGGCAAUUUCUAUUUCUUCCCCUUUGGAAGAUGAGAAAGAGGAUGUGCCUUCUUUCAGGCAUUGCAAUCCAUAAGGACAAGUUUAGACAUAUUACUUUAGCCCUUUCCAAAAGAAAUAUAAAAGGAUUCAGGUGGUGAUUAGCUGAUUCUUCCCUCAAUACCAUUAUUACUACUGUUGGAGUGUUGUCUGGGCCCUGCAUAUUGGCUCUGCUACUGAAGUGAUUUCAGGAGCAGUGCAAAUGUGUCGGGCGGGGAAAGGGUGGUUCAUUAUCUGCAUCCCUCACCAAUGCAGGUGGUGUCAGUUACUGUUUUAAUGUCCUUUACUCCGGAAUAAGUUCUUAAUUGGUGAAUAAUAAUUUAGUGUUUGCCUUUGGUAUUUCUGUAUACUAUAUUUUUAAAAGCAUAUAAUAUUGCAUAGCUAUGGCACUGAGCUAAAAUAAA